GUACCUCCUAAACAACAAAGAUUUACAUUCUUGCCUUUUGGUCAAUAAAUAUUGGGCUUCUUGUGCCGUACCAAUUUUAUGGGAAUCUCCUUUCAAUAUAAAUGAUAAAUUUAUUCCGUCACCCAAAUUAAUUCGGACCUAUCUCACAUUUAUAACGGUUGAGAAUUUUCACAAUAGUUCAACGGUUAAAAGGCCGCUUUACGAUUAUCCAUCGUUUCUCAAAGAACUUCCAUUUGAUCGAUUUAUUAAUGCUGCCAUUGCGAGCGAAUGCUCUGAGGCAAAAAUAAUCGAAUUAAUUAUAAUGUUUUCAAAUUAUGCAGUAAAGUUUCGUCGAUUUGAUCUUUAUAACCACCUAUCUUCAAAUUUUCAUGAUCAUAUGGCUUCUACGAUUCUUCUUCAGCUUUUUGAAUACUCUCUAAUGUUUAGGAACUUGUCACGCCUAAAUUGCACAUAUCAUUGGCCUGCUAAAAAAGAUCAAAUCUUUAAUGUAAUAGCAGAUAUCUGUCAUAAUAUUGAAAAUCUUAAAGCUACUGUUUGGAAUGAGGAUGAAGGAAUUGCAUUAACAAAACUUGUGUGGGCUCAAAAACGGUUAAAAAAAUUCUCACUAUUAAAUAGCAAUAGCUUCGCAUCAUUUCCUGUUCAAUCUCUCGAAUGUCAAAUACAAUCACUUAAUAGUUUAACGUUCAAAGACAUGCAUUCCAACAGCAGAUUGGCUAAAGUAUCAAAUUUUAAUUAUACUACGUUUCAAUUAAAUGAUAAAGCCAUCUUUUCACUUACUCAACGUAUCAAGAUUACUAAGUUAAAGUUUAAACACUGUGAAGGACUUAGCUCCUCAAUAUCCCUUCCCAUUACUUCUAUGUAUUCAAACUUAACGUCUCUGGAAUACUCUUAUGGAGGUUAUAACAUUUAUGAUAAUGCGACUCCUAUUAAUCUAUUAUCUGAUCUUGUCAAAACGAAUAGUAAAACUCUUGAAAGAAUUAUCUUUGAUUGGCAUUCCAAUAAUUUUCUUGAAUGUACUCAACUGAUCAGAAAUAUUGCGGAAUGUACAGUUAACCUUAAACAUUUAAAAAUCCCACUUUACACAUUAGAACAACUUGCUUUAAUUCUUCAAACUACAAACCAGUUAAAAAAACUUGAAAUAUAUAUGGGGAAAAAAAUUAAUCCACACUAUGCUCUUUUUCUUUUUAUUAAUAUACCAUUUAAUAACCUUAAAAAUUCUAUAAUCCAAUUAUCUUUUGAUGGUUAUGGGAGAAUUCGGCCAAAGGUGAAUCAAUUAAAACAAAUCUUUGAAGAAAUUUUUUAUAAAAAUCAAAUUACCAAUUUUGUUUUAAAUCAACACAAUUGGCCAAAUCUUUCAAAAGAUAAGAAAGAGGAAUUAUCAAAAAUUUUUCCAAUGCUUAAAAGAAUGGCUGUCAGCAAUUACCAGACACCAUCACUACGUUCAGCAAGUUCAGCACCUUCAGAGAUGGAAAAAUUAUUGCAUAUUCUUACUAGAUAUUAG